AUGUCGCUGCAGAUAUAUAUUGCUCACACAGGCGAUCGUCUACAAGCCGAUCCGGUAUCAUUUACUUCUUUCGAUGCUUUGCAAACAUGGAUAUCCAAAAAUGCGCCGGUUCAGCCGCAGAACCAAAUUUUAAUGAGCUCUCGCGGUAAACAGGUCAAGCUCCAAACUCUCCUCACAGAAAAAGAAAUAUUCGUAUACGACCGGCAGUAUAUUGCGACGGCCCCAAAAGGAUCUCCUGGGCCUUCAAUCCCGUCCACCAUAGUUCCAUCUCCAUUUUCCCCUACGAACCCCCCAGAUCGACUUGCCAAUCAGAAUGACCUUCAGGCCUGGAAAAAUCUGUUCAAAGAGCGGAGGGACUGGACCGUGGACCUUCUCAACAAAUGUACUUCUAUGACAAAUUCUAUUCACGAGCAACGGGAGAGGAGUAGCAUCAUCUACCGCGGGAUAAAUGUCGGAGUUGACAACCUUCAUUCGCACGUUCGAAGCUUGCAGCAGAAAUAUGCUGAUGCCAAGGCGUGGGCUGAAGAUCUGCUACGUAAUCAUCGCGAAGUCAUUGAAGGCUGGGAGUCUACUUUGUCUAAAUUAGAGCAAAUUCAUGCAAAAGGAGGCUUUCAGAGGGUCAUCCUUGGUCGCGAUGCACCGGGAGAUGAAGAGAGGUCGGCCAAGUCUGGGGAUCAGGACAUCAUUACACUAGUCGAUUUUAUUAAUGCCGACGCCGCCAAGAAAGCAGGAUCACUGAGUUCAACAAUCAUUGAUCGCUUCAACAAACGCAUCGUCGAGUUAGGGGUCGUUGUCGAACUCAUCCAAUCCGAAAGUCAAGAACUGCACGAGACCGUGAGCAAGGCAUCUUCCAACUCAGUUUUCGAGAUUGCCGAAGAGUCAGUACGAUUGAUCGAGGAUGUGGAAGUGGUUACAAGAAAGGUCUCGUCGGAUUAUGAACAUGUGUUGGGGCUUCAAGCAUCAUCAAAAACAAUUUCACAGGCAUCCAAGAUGGCUCUUCUCCACACGCGAAACUAUUUGCCCUCUCUGUCUGAAUCGGCUGUUGAGAUUGGUCAUAUGCUGCGCCAAGCGGUUGAGCACAAGAAUGCACUAACAGAAUCGACUAUUCGUCAAAUGCAGACUAUCUCAGCCAUUGAAUCCAUGCUUGCAAAUGUUCACUCUCAGUUAUCGUCUUUGGAUCUCACCCCUGAUGGAGUUUCUGCUCUUGAAUAUCUCACCCAGCUCUCCCGGUUGCCUCUCACGUACGGUGCCGUUUUAAUCGAGGCCGUGCGUCGUAGCGAAUGGUCUGAGAAAAUCAAGAUUGAUUCAUCUGCUCUGGCAGAGGAAAUUGCCUCCUUUAAGGAGGAGGAGGAAAGACGCAGGAGGAAGUGGCUUAAAAGCAUGGACGGCUUCAUCUCUACCGACAUCACUAGUGGCAGACCAAUCGGCGUCGAGCUGAACCUUCAAGGGGAUGAAGAUACAGGGUGGCCAUCGACUUCCCGCGAAGAUGUCAAUUUAUAUAUUGAGGAGCUACAACAUCUUGGAGAUAUGGAAGAAACCGUGAAGGAGUUGUCACAAGCAGCUAAUAGCCUUGAUCGCCCAACGCGGCAACAGACGAAGGUAGCAAAAGCCUUCAAGAUGGGUAGUGUUCAUGACUUUGGAAAAGGCUCCAUGCUAAUGCGUGGAGAUACCAAUAACAUCAGAGGUUUAAGAGAAGAAAAGCUUAAACUUGAAGAGAAAUUGAAGGGCUCUGAAAGUCGAGUGCGGAAGUUAGAAGAUUUACUUCAUCGACAAAGCCAUAUUAGCCGCAAUGCCAGUGGUAACUUGUUCCAAGCAUCGAGCAGCCCGAAUCCAGAACAGCAGUUGCACAAUUUUAGUCAAAAUAUUGGCAACUCAACGCGGCCGCAAGAUGCGUUUUCGCGUCGAUCUUCGGUCUCUUCCCGCAGAUUUUCAGCGAAUCAAGUCCCCGAAGAUAAAGCACUGCUGCAGCGAAUAUUGAAUUUGGAAGCUGAAUUGCUGGCGGAACGUGAACACCACGGAGAACUACGUAAAGAAGCCAACGCAAGAACCGAGGCGGAACAGCACAUCAAGGCCCGCAUCGAGGAGGCAACCUCGAUCAAGAAUGAUUUGCUGGGAAAUUUAGAGGCGCAGCAGCGUGAAUUCUCUGACGAGCGGAAGCUACUGAAUGAAGAGCUACGUAAGCUGAAGCAUAGAAAUGAGGAGCUCGAAGACGAGCUAGACAGAGCUCUCGGCAGCCGCGAUAACGCUAGAUCUGGAGUAGAUCAGAGAUACAGAUCACUCGAGAUGGCUGUUGAUGAGGCUCAACAAGGAGCAAUCGAUCAGGCCAAAGAAAUGCAGAAGCAGAUUGAUUCGCAGCAAAAGGAGGCUGAAAGGCUCAAGGUAGAAAAUGGAUCGAUUGUCGAAGCAAUGACCCGCCUUCGUGCCCAAGCAGACGAGCUUCAAAAUCAGGUUAGCGACAAUUUACGCGAUUAUGAGCAACAUCUGUCGGUUCUCCAAGAGACUUUUGAAUGCCUUACUCCAAAAGAUAGAGCACCCGCAGGCUUCGCCGCUAUUCUGAACGAGGUCUCACGACUCGCAGAGCGAGCGGUCGCUUCUAUUAGGGGUCUCGAAACAGACUUGUCGAUGGUUCGUCAAGACUCAGAAAUGUACCAGGAGCGAAUUUGCAAGGCUGAAGCAGAAAGAGAUUCUCUUUCGGAGAAACUCGACAAGGAAAUUCAAGUUCAUUUUGAGGCUCAAGAUCGACUGGCUGAAGAGCAAGCACGGACUUCAUCUCUCUCCGCCUGCCUGGAGGAUGAGCGCAACGAAUUGCAAAAUCUCCGUUCGAAAUUCGCGGAUGGCGAGACAGGCUCAGAAACACUGAAAGCCAGGAUUCUUGCAGAGGAACAGAAGGUCGCUGAUUUGUCCGAGAAGCUUGCCGUGGCAGAAGCGCACAGCGUGCAUCUCAAUGAGGAGACUAGUCUCUGGCGAAGAAGGGCCGAGGAAGGUAAUCAGCAACUGCAUCUCUUGAAGUCACGACUUAAUGGUCGCACUUCACGUGCAAAACAUCUAUCUCAGCGACUUUACUCGCACAAUGAACGCUUGGGUCAACUGCUUGAAUCUCUUGGAUUUUCUGUCACACGUCGCGACAAUUCCAUUGUUAUCCAAAGAGUCCCGAGAAGUUCAAGCGCCGCCGCUUCUACAAACGACUUGGAGGCUUCCAGGAAUCCUAGUCUGUCUAGGUCAAUACCCGCAAUGCUGCCAUGGCAGGACGAAGGAGAGCUUGAUCUGCUAGCUUGGAUGCAAGCUGAAGACGCGCAAGAUGAAUCAACUCAAUUCCAGGCUUUCCUCCAAUCAAUUGACAGAUUUGAUCUCAUCGUAUUUUCAGAGGUUAUAACGAAGCGUAUCAAAGAGACUGAGCACUUGGCUCGAAAAUGGCAAAGAGAAACACGGUCUUAUCGCGACAAGGCUCAUCGGGCUCAGGCGGAAGCGCAUGGAAAGAUUGCGUUUCGUUCGUUCAAGGAAGGUGACCUUGCUCUCUUCUUGCCAACAAGGAAUCAAGCCACAAGACCCUGGGCUGCUUUUAAUGUUGGAGCGCCUCAUUAUUUCUUGCGAGAACAGGAUUCGCAUAAAUUGAGCAGCCGUGACUGGCUUCUUGCGCGCAUAUCUCGAGUUGAGGAGCGAAUUGUCGAUCUCUCCAAAUCGAUGGGCGGCGCUGCGACCUCUACAACUGCUGGUAGCGACCGACGAUCAAUUGGGGAGACUAGUGAAGGUGCCAUUUCAUUUGAUGAUGAAAACCCUUUCGAGCUAUCGGACGGAUUGAGGUGGUAUCUACUCGAUGCGUAUGAGGAGAAACCUGGUGCCCCAACAACUCCAGGGCUGGGCAAAAGCACGGUGGCCAGCGCUCAUGUCGAUGCCAAGGGAAGUAUCGGGAUCAAGAAGCCAGCAAUCAGCGGGGGUGUUACCAAGACCCUAAGCAAGAGCCUUGAUAGCCGACGAAGUAGUUCAACGUCAAAGAGAAGUGUCAUUGCGCCUAUCUCAGCCGCUGGUCCAAGCUCAGCGGAACCUUCGAGAGGAAAUACUUUGGGUGGACCCCAGGCAGACAAUGCAUCGUCGAGGGAUCCUGACACUUUGGAAACAGCUGCAAAGGGAGGUGGUGGCAUUCAAGAGGUUCGAAACGAUCUUCUGUGGGGUCCUUGA